GCAGGUCCUCCUGUCAUCUGUAAGGGCAUCGUCCAUUCAGCAUGCAAAUUUAUGGGUAUUACUAAUUUAUUCAAUUGAUUGUUUGUCAGAUUAUUUUUAAUCACUUACCUAAUAUGCUUUCAAGUUUUUAUGUGACACAGCAGAAGAUCAGUUACCUAAGUUGUUUAUAAUGGUGCAUCAGGUUACUGGUUGGGAAGCAUUGAUGAUAUGAGUUAGUAAUUGCUUGUCAUGAGGCACCAACAAUUUCACUGGUACUGUCUCAGUUUUUCUGUGUGGACUAUAUAGACUCCACAGCUGAUAUUACUGUUGGUUGGUGAUGGUGAUACCAUGCUUUAUGCUAAUGAUUUGCUGACCAUACUUCUCUUGAUGACUCUUUAUACACUCAAGUGCAGAUACUUGGCUAAAUCAAGGUUGCACGUCAACUUUUAGGUUAUUUAAUAAGAAUAUUUUACCUAAAUAUCUCUCUUGUGAAAUCUGUUACAUGUAAUUUGGUUUCAAGACCCAAGUUUUGCAAAAUAGUGUCCCUUAGGCUGCACUCAUAUGUAGGUUAUAUAUUUUAGAUUAUAAAAGUUUAAGGUUUCAGUUGUCAAACAUUUAUUAAUAAAAUUCUCAUUAGUUGCUUGGUGCGUUUUGCACAAUAACAUGUACCAACAUAAUCUUUUUGUAGUUAAAUGGUGUAUGAUGACAUCACAGCAUUAGAGGUUUGUUGACGAAUUUAAAUAGCGGUGCUUUAUUUUUUUGGUAAUAAUAUGGUGGGGAUAUUUUGGGGAGGACUCAAGACAGACUAUGUAUGUGGAGAGGUGUUGGGUACAAGAAAAUUGUUUGCAGGCAUAGAUAGCAUUGUAGAAUUCAGUGAGCUUAUGAUUCUUUUUCCCUUGUUUGGAAAGUUGCACUAACUAGGAAUUGGCCUAUACUGAAGGGAAGAUGAGGACAUCAAGGACUAUCUAUAUUCACAAUGUUCUUCCUCCAUCUGUCAACUCUUAUUUUGUAUUGCAGUUUUAGGUGGAAAAUCUUGUGUCCAUGGUCAAGAAGGCCUGUACCAAUAUGUUUAAUGCAUAAGACUUAAAAAAACAGGGAUUCUGAUUAUUUGUGGCAGUUUCUGAUUAAGUUGUAUGGUCAUAGUUGAGAGUUGCAGUCUAACAUAACGGUAGCUGACAAAAUUCUCUUACAAGUAGAAUUUAAUUUAUUAGGUUUUCUUUGGCUGGUCUUCUAUUUUCUAUCGUUGACAUAUCAAGUUCUGGUUUAUGGUAUUUACUUUUUGUUAUACUACUUUAUAUUUUGGAGCUCUGGCUUUCUCAGAAUUUACUGGGCCAUGUGUUUGUUUCAUGUUUAAUAUGUGUAUCGGUUUAGACAUAGACUAGCAUCUCCUUUAGGCCUUUUUGUGCCAUGGAAUCUAGGAGGUGAUACCAGUUUAUCAGUCAUUCUUUGUAGGAUGAUAGUACUACCAAUUAGCAUUAAAUAGCAUCCACAGAACUCUGUUUCUGUUGACUAGUAAUUUUCUAGUAUGUCUUUCCAGAUAUCUGUGGUUGUCUUUGUAGACAUAACAAGAACACUUAUAUGAGCGCUAAAUAUGGGAUGAAAUUGACAACUUAUAUUUGCAUGAAAAAUAGAUUGCAAACAUCAGGGUGCAUGUCAAUUGUUGGCCUAUAUGGCAUGUGGUGAUACAAAGUCUUCUUGAAUUGUAUGAAUGUCAGAUAGAAUUUGUUUUGUUAAAGGUAUUGCACGAUACAUAAAGGAUCACAAUAUAUACAAAAAGUUUAUGUUGCUGAAAUGAUAAUGUUGAGGCGAGUAUAUGGAGUUAAAGAUAGGUGAAAUAAUACUUUAGUCAUGAAUAAUUAUGUACCAUUUCGAUGGAGAAUAAAAUGAGAGAAAAUUGUUUAAGAUGGGAUGAACAUGUGCUCUGGAGACCUACAAAUGCAGUAGUUAGAAGAGGUGAAAUGCUUAGUAGUAUGACGAGAGUUAGAUGAAGAUCAUCUAAAAAGAAGUUUAUAGAAACUAUAAAUAAAGAUCUAAAUAUCUGUAACUUAACAGAAUAUAUAGCCGACCUUAAAUGAUUGAGACUUAUGGUUUUGUUUUUAUUGUUGUUGUUUAGGGGCCUAAUUGUGCCAUGUUGCAGUUGCUCUAUUUUGUGCAAUCUAGUAUGAAAAGCAUUAUUGAAAUCAAGCUUUUAUAUUAUCCGGUAAAUAUGUUGACUAAUCUGUCUGGCCUAUAUGUUCAAUUAUGCAAGUAAAUAUAGUUGCUAGCUCUAGUAUCUUGAGGGGUUUAUGGAGUUGAGUAGCAUAUGGAGUGGUUUGUUUGCUUUUUAUCAAUGAAAUACCCUUGGCCCAUUUUAAGUUUCUUUUAUGUUGGCUCUUCUCUGGGUCUUGCAUGACAUAUAGAUUGACUUCAUUCUUAUGUGUGUGAAAUAUUUCUCGUUUUCCCUUUUCAAGAUUCUACUUAGAUUAAUUUUGGUACCCAGGUGAGAUUCAAUCAUCAGGACUAGCUUCAUUGUGCAGCAUGUUUAGUCUUGAGAAGCCAUAUCUUAUUCUAUCAAGUCUGAGUAAAUAUUGCAGGUUUAUGACUUCUCUGCAUCAGGAUCAUAGAGGCACUAGACUCUUUAAAGUGAAUGUCUGUCCUUAAAACACAUCUCAGUGCAUAAAGCUUUGUCCUAAUUCUCUUUGGAAGGCAUUUCAACUAAUAAUGCAGUGAAGAAUCUUGAAUAUUGAUGAAAUCUUGCAAUCCUGAUGGUAAUGUUUUUGCUAGAUCCAGGUGGCUGCCAAGAUGGUUCUGCUAGUUAUGCAUUACUUAUAUAAGGAUUUUGUGUUGUGUUUGGGCUUAUAAAAAUGGAUAUAAUUUAUUAUGGGGAUUACGCUCACUUUUCUGUUUUUUUUCAUGAAUUAUUAAUAUGCUUCUCAGUUUGCCAUCAAUGGGUUUAAUAGAAAGUUCGUUUUUUGGUUUCUUGUCUUUUGGGAUUCCAGUCUAGCUGAUAGAAAUCAUCUUCUUUCCAGUGGGGUCAGUUGGAAAAUUGAGGUGUAUCUCAGUAGUCCUAUUUCUAAAACCCUCUUCAAUUUGUCUUCAAGUUGUAGUCUGUUUAUUUCUACAUAUCUAAUACCCUAUUUGGAAUCUUCAAUUUGUCUUCAAGUUGUACCCUGUUUCACAUAUGUCCUAUUCUUUUUUACAUUUAUAGUUUUCAUUCACAUUUUGUUUUACUUCAAACGUAAGUGAUGCUUGCUGACCCUUUUUCCUGAACUGCAUAAUCCAAUUUCUUCUUUACUUCAAACUUCUAAUAUGUUAUUGCAGUGAUUUAGUUAGAGAUGAUUAUGGGCUUCCUUGCAUGGGUUAAUCAGACAUUCUAGGUGUGAAGGUUCUCAAUGGAUGCUACACAUUGGAGGAGGUUGAAAACUUUACUGAUGUUUCUGCUGAAUCGUUGAGAUGUGGGAGGCUCAAGUUCAAAUCAACUAGAUGUAUUGUGAUUAGGUGUGUUAUGGAUUGGCAUUACGUAGUUACCAUCAUCAUCUCCUCAGAGUCAAUAACCGUUACUCUCUUCGCUUCUUCUAAUAUCUUCACUCUUAUCCUUAGAUCUUCUUACCAGCAUUUUUAUCAUCAUUAAUUUGAAGGACAAAGGAUCGCUGUUAGUACACCAUAAAAGUAUUACAGCCUGCGUUAUAUGAAACGAAAAUAGAUGUUAUUUAUCGGUGGAAUCUUGUUCAUUGAAUUCUUGAUGGGAGUAGUAGUUCACUCAAUUGUUGUCUUUGAGGUUCAUGGUCUGCGUCUUUUUCUUUCAAAUAUUUAUGGAAAUACAAAUACGAAUGUUCCUACUAAAGUUUAGCUAUUUACUUGUUAAACAACACGAAAUGCAUCACUUAUUUCAGUGUCUAUCACAAACUUGGUGUGAUCCAACGAACCACUGAGACAAUGGCAUCCACAUUAAUUGUGGUCCAUUUGAUUCCUGUGACAUAUUCUGACUUUGUUCUUUGGUGAUAAUUCCUCGUACCAGGUUCAGCUGAACCUGACGGUGGUCCAUUUACCAGAAGCUGUUUCUAGGUCAAGUGGAACCCAUGACUAAGAUGCUCUUCAUGCUCUAUUUUCCUGUCUUCUCCAUGCUUCGAGGGACCAUAUUAAAUACCACAACCAUUGCUGAUAACAAGGCCUAAGGUGUUAUCCUUGUAUCCUUGAUGUGCGUUGUAGAACUCAACGUGCUGUGUUUUGAUCCUAGUGUCAACUAGGAGAGUUUGCCUCUAUACUCCUCAUGACUGAUUUUUUUGGAAGGAAAGAGGCGUGGGACAUUCCCUCGAUUCGUUCUCCAGAGAACCUCUUGUGAGCAUCCUCUGUCAGUUUCUCCUUUUGUCUUUUCGUUGCAUUGAGUCUAUGAUAUGACUAGCAUCGAUCAUCAAUGCAAUUAUAUAUAUAUAUAUAUAUAUAUAUAUAUAGAGUACUGUAUCAUAUGUAGACUUUAUCAAGUCAUGGAUUUGCCCAUAGUUUGUAGGUUCAUAUAGUCAUCUGACCCUGCAAUCAAUGUUGCAAUGGAAUUACCAAAAAUUUGAGGCCGAUGUAAAGGCCAAUCUUAUCUAAAGCCAGAAAAAUCCUCGAGCAUUCAAAUGUUGAGGACCAUUGCAGAAAGCAAUAAACACAACGGAAUCUCUGUCGUAUGCAUGCUCAUGUGGAGAACAGAUUCACAACUAUGGCUUACUCUGCUCUGUCUUCGGUCAAGACUCAGUGGUUGAUGGUUGUAGCUAAUCAUGCUGUUUUGGGAUUCACUAAAUCAACAUCUAUGUGUUGAAUAAAAGACUUCCAAGUCCAAUCCAAGUGUCAAACAGGAAGAUUCUGUACUCUGGGUAGGGAUUCUACGUGUUUAAGAGCUGCCAUUGAUGUCCGGAAUGCCACCUUCAAUUCACGUUGUAAUUGGAGAGAUCAGUAAAUGGAGAACACCUCCUUCUGUUCUUCUCUCCACCCUCGAAAGGUUGAAUCUUGUUUGUAGUCGGUAUGGUCAUGUUGACGAGCUGCAAACCUACCUACAGUGAACACACCCAUCAACAACUGUCAUUUGAGAGAGAGAGAGAGAGAGAUGUUAUAUAUUAAGCUUGGCUUCCCUUUGAGCCUUCACAUGUGAAUCCAUGUCAGGAACUGUGUAGUUGGGUAGCUCCCAACCAAAGCAGUCUACUGCUGCUGCUGCUGCUGCUGCUGCUCUCUGCAACCACUGACUGGUAUUCAGUUUCUUCCCAGCCUUUUGGGUUGUGCUGCUGCUUUAUCCAACCUUCUAUCUUCUCCACUGUUCUCACUUUGUUCAGUCUACUCUUCUGUUCUUCCUAUUUCCCCUGUUUUGACAUGGAUUCAUCUUAGGGUUUGCUUCUUCUCCUUGUGUAGUUGCCAUCUCUAGUGGUUCUGGUUCCUUUGAUGGUGGUUUUUAGUGUUGUCGAUCGGUCACGUACAGGGAGACAGCGGUAUAAGAUGGAUGGAGAGAGGAAGGAGCGGUAGGAGUAGGGAAAGACAGAACAGCGUAAGGUAACGAAACAGGGGAGGCGAGAAAAAGAGUUCUGAGAGGGGGGUUGCCCUGAUGGACUGGGACUCCAAGAUCCCUCUAUGGGAUUUAGCAGACCUCGGCCGAGAUGCCGAUCCAAGCGUUGGCAUCGGCUGCGGCCUGGGACGCCGGCCGAGCGAGGUGGACUGCUCGGUCGAUCUGAAGCUUGGGGGAUCUGGAGAUUUUGUGCCGUCACAUGGCUGGAAAGACCAACCUAAGGUGCCGACGAUGGCGGCCUCGUCUGGUGCGUCGAAGAGGCUUCCCCGAAACCCUGGAAAUGGCAGCCAGAAAGCGGCAUGCUCGGUCGACGGGUGCAAGGCGGAUUUGAGUGGUUGCAGGGAGUAUCACAGGCGCCACAAGGUCUGCGAAGCCCAUUCCAAGACGCCGGUGGUGAUGGUCGGUGGGCGAGAGCAGCGUUUCUGCCAGCAGUGCAGCAGAUUCCAUUUACUGGUGGAAUUUGAUGAAGUAAAACGAAGCUGUAGAAGACGUCUUGAAGGUCAUAAUAGACGUCGAAGGAAACCGCAGCCAGAUUCCAUAAACUCAGGGAGCUUGUUUGCAAAUCAUCAAGGGGCCACAUUUUCUUCAUAUCCUCCAAUAUUUCCAACAGCUACACCAGAACCCAAUUGGCCUGGAGCUGUCAAGACCGAAGACACUGCUCUCUAUGCACAUUGCCUGCCUUCUCAUGGCACAAACAGAAACCAUAAUGUUCUCAGUACCCACAGCUGGAGCCAAGAAGGAAGGCAGUUUCCUUUCUUGCAGGAGAACAAGACCACCUUCAGCAAAAUAACACUAGGAAUCCCAGUAGGCCAGCCACAUCUCAGGACAUUCAUGCCGUCCGGUAACAGCUGCAGCGGCGGCAAGAUAUUCUCUGAUGGAUCAUCUGAACCUAUCGACUCCGAUUGUGCUCUCUCUCUUCUGUCAGCACCAACUCCGAGCAUCAACACAGGCUUAGGCCAAAUGGUUCAGAUUCCUGCAGGUCAGCCUCAUGCUUCAAGUUUGCACCAUUGUGGUCUACCACAUUACUUGCAGGCUUCCGACGACACAGCACCAUCUGUGUUUUCAUGUUCAGGGAUGGAAGACGAUCAUGCGGGCAUUUUUCUGGUCUCUGAUGCUAAUGAAUCUGAGAUACAUUUCCCAAAUGUACUUCAUGUUGGGGGUGAAGGUUCAUCGGUGGGGACAUCUCAAAGCCUUCCAUUUUAUUGGCAGUGUUAGGUCCAGCUCCAGUAAGGUAUCUUUUAGCUAAACAUUGUUGGGGCACAGCUUCUGAUCCCUCCAUGAUCUGAAGCUUUUUUUUCUCAUUUUAUUUCCAUGACCUGGAAGAAGAUGGACUACCUUAAUUUACUUGUGGUAGAAUAACUAACCAAUGCUGGAAUCGAAUUAUGAUUAAGAUUGUUGUGUUUGCUAUGGUAUCCUGUAUUCUGAACUUGUGGUGGCUUCUGAUUCCAACUAUUCUUUGUAUGUAUUAUUAGAAGCAGUACAUUUUGAUGCUGAA